ACUCACACAACAAGACACUUUUUGUAAUAAUGAAGGUAUAUGACCAGGUGAUAUUCACGGAUGAACUCUUGCACCACCGAACUGUGGGCAGCCAAAUCAAGGAGACACGGCGCACCUGGGAGGAGCGGUGCUCUUGGUUUCCGGCUGCCCAGAGGGAUCUGUAUGCAAGGUGUUCCGAGAUUUACGAGGAGUGCCUGGAGAAGUAUGGCAACGAUCACUUCGAGUUUUAUGCACGAAGAAAUCGCCUGAGGGAAGAGCACAGGGUCAAUACAAAAUCAUAUAAAGAUCGGAAAAAUCGAAAAUCGGAGAGAUCAAUGGAUCAUUUAAAGGGCUACAGGGCAUCCCCUACUUCUAAUAAAGUGUAUGGGAGUAUCCAGCCAAUGCAAUUCUUUUACUGCUUUUAGAUCCCUUUCGGAAAUCAUAUAAAUUUGAA